AUGUGCCGUUCCCAGAGAAGAAAUUUUGGCCGAUUAGUUGACCUUUGUCACCCAAUUCAUAAGAAGUAUCAGCUGGCAGUCACUAAAGUCUUUGGCAGAUACAUGAAUGCCAUAGUGGUGUCUUCAGAAAAGGUAGCAAGGGAUUGCAUCAGGUUUCUCAAAGAAGAACGUGCAGAACCAGAGACAUUUCUUUCAUUGGACUACCUAGAUAUCAAGCCAAUCAAUGAAAAGUUAAGAGAAAUAAAAGGGGUGAAAAUGAUGAUUGAUGUGAUACAGACUUCAACUCCCUCUCUGAAGAAAGUUAUACAGUUUGUAUGUGGCAAUGGUGUUGUCUGUGAAACUGUGAAGGAAGCCAGACAGAUAGCUUUUGAUGGUCCUGAAAGGCUGAAAACAGUUGCUUUAGAUGGAACUCUGUUUUUAAAGUCUGGUGUCAUUUCUGGAGGAUCAAGUGACUUAAGAUAUAAAGCAAAACGUUGGGAUGAAAAGGAAAUAAGUGAACUCAAAGAGAAAAGAGACAGAUUAAUGAAUGAACUGAGAAAAUUAUUGCUGACAUUAGAAAAAUCCAGGUUAGAGAGUGAGCUAGUAAAUUCUGCUUCUCAGCUUACAAUGCUUAAUGAAGAACUUCAAAAUAGAGCAGUGGAAAUUGAAGACCUUCAACUACAGCGGAAUCAGGUAGAGGAUAUAGUCUUCAAUGUUUUCUGCAAUAAGAUUGGUGUGUCUAACAUUCGUGAAUAUGAAGAAAAGCAUGUUAAAUAUCAGCAAGAAACCGACAAGCGGAAUUUGGAAUAUGAAAAUCAAAUAACUCGCGUUGGAAUUCAGCUUGAUUAUAGUCGAGGACAACUUGAGAAACAGACAAAGACAGUGGAAAAGUUAAAAGAGGCCUUGGCUAAAGAUGAAGAAGACAUUGUCAAGCUUAAAAAAAAUGAGGGCCAAAGUAUGGGAUUAGUAGAUGAAGCUAUGAUCCAGCAGCAGCAAUUCAAAAACCUAUUUACUGUGAAGAAAUCUGAGGUUGGAGAUGCCCAAAAGCUGGUUGAUGAAAUCCGAAAGAAAAUUUUAACUAUGAAUAGGGAAAUAGGGAAGAGGCAGAAAGAAGCCAUGACUAUUGAGAGUCUUAUAGAGCAUAGGAGACUGGAAAGACACAACCUUCUUCUGGAUUGCAAAGUUCAAGAUUUGCAAAUUACGCUUUUAUCCGGUUCACUUAAUGAUAUAACAGAAAUAGAGCUGGAAUCUGAAAGCACACAAUCAACUGCUGAUAUCUAUGAAAGAGAAAGCAAUAUUAACAUAGACUAUACAAAACUUCCAGAAAAUCUAAAGAGUUUAAAUUCUGAAAAUGAGAUAACGGCAGAGCUUAUGAAACUUCGUCAACAAGCCAUUGCAGAAGAAAAUGUUUUACUCAAAACAUCUGCACCAAACCUGAAAGCCAUGGAAAAGUUACAAAAUGUCAGAGACAAAUUUCAAGAAACUGCUGAUGCUUUUGAGGCCAACAGAAGGAAGGCAAGGCUGUGUAGACAAGAAUUUGAACAAGUGAAACAGAAGAGAUAUGAGCUUUUUAGCCAAUGUUUUGAGCAUGUUUCUAUAGCUAUCGAUCAUAUCUACAAGAACCUCUGCAGAAAUGCCAGUGCUCAGGCCUUUCUAAGCCCUGAAAAUCCAGAAGAACCUUAUCUUGACGGAAUUAGUUAUAAUUGUGUUGCUCCUGGAAAACGAUUUAUGCCAAUGGACAACUUAUCAGGCGGAGAGAAAUCAGUAGCAGCUUUGGCUCUUGUGUUUGCAAUUCACAGCUUUCGACCAGCUCCUUUCUUCAUUCUAGAUGAAGUAGAUGCAGCACUGGACAAUACAAAUAUUGGGAAAGUAACUUCUUAUAUCAAGGAGCAAUCAAGAGAACAAUUUCAAAUGGUGGUCAUUUCUCUAAAGGAAGAGUUUUAUUCCAGAGCAGAUGCACUUAUUGGAGUUUGCUCAGAGGAAGAUGAAAACUUUGCUAGCCAAGUUCUGACCCUGGACCUUACAGUUUAUGAAGAAAAUGAUGUGGAUGACAAUAAUAAUGAAUAGAAAAGAAAAUCUGUGAAUGUUUUGCUGAGGACUUUCGUAUUUUAGUAUUUUUGAGUUUGAUUGUUUAUUGAUGCAGUAAUGGUUUCACAUUUCAUUAUAAAUGGUUAGGAAGUUACAUAGCUUGCUGAAAGUGCACUUAAAACAUAACAUUAGAUUGGUUACAUAAUAAAUAUUUAAUGCUUUACAUUUAGUAAAAAGUUAGAGAUGUGGAAGACAAAAUAAAACAUUCAAUAUUCAUAUAGAACACACAGUUAAAAUAAAACUUUCUAAUUUCACUUGUAUUACAUUUAUGUAUUAUGUAUUCAGUAUGCUUAUUUGAGACUUCUUUCCAUGAGAACAUACUGAGGUAGGCAAAGUAGUAUACACAAUUCUUGAGUAUCAAAUAUAAACAUGCAGUGGUCAGGACAUGCAUGCUCCUAAACCUACCUCAGUGUGUUCUAAUGGAAAUGAGUAAAGUUUCAACAAAGGUUACCAAGUGAACAAGAUGAAUUAGGUUAUAGAAGAAAAUUAGGAAGUGUUUUUUUUUUAAUUAUAUGGUCUAUCUGAAAUUUUAUUUUGACUUUCAUGUCUCUAAUAAAGUAAAUAGAUUACAUAUCGCAUACAGUAGGUAUCAAUUACAAAAAUAGUAUUUAAAGGCGAACAUUUAAAAUAUCAUUACUUUAUUCUUAUAUGAUUAAAACAUAAGAAAAUGUUAAAAAUAGCAAAGAAAUGGGUCUGACACAUUUUAUCUUCCUAUGCUUGCCGUAUUUAUAAACCUUAUUUUUAAUAUUUUUUAUGUUUUAAUCAUAUAAGAAUAAAAAGUAUUGGUAUGUUUUUAAAUGCCUCUUUUUCUGGAUACUAUUUUUACAUUCACUAAUUAGCUAGCUUGGAGGAACCUGCAUCCAAGGAGGCGAGGCAUAGGAUGGUGACAACAGUGCAGGGGAGGUAUAGUGAUCUGGGUACCACAGAAGUUACUUUCCUUUUUGUGAUGUAAGUGGAUUUUUGUCAAACAAUUCAGAAUAUUUUUUAGAUUUGAGACUAAAGGUAGGGUAGUGGUUGGCGCCCUGGCUUGUCUCAGAUCAUCGGUAAUGGCGUGGUUGAAAGAGUAGCAUUACCAUUUCGAGUGGAGGUGGUUAACCACAAUGGUUCCUCUCCUUAACUACAGGUAGACUGCAUAUUUAACAAGGCAUAUAGACUUGUAUUUGAUAUACACCACCUUAUGUAUUGAUGAUUUUAUGAAAGGAUUUUGCAAAGUGCUGUUUUUGAUAACAUCCAGUGCUUAGCACUGUGAUGUAUUUUAUUCAAAGGGUUAAUCAUUUGCAUUCAUUAUUGAACUACAUAGGUAUCAAUGUCUGUUAGACUGCUAUUGAAAAGAAAGUUGCAUUAUGAAAUAAUCUGUUUUGACAUUAAAGGGCAUUGAAAUUA